UGAAUAACGUUCUGUGUGUAUAUAUAGACAGACUUGUAUUCAGUUUUCCAAUAACAGAACAGUCAUAAAAUGUUGUUACCGAUCGUUGGUAGACCGAUCCUUGAGUCUAUCAGCUCAGAAGCUGCUUUGAGUGUUGUAUACAUGAGAUUUACUGUACAAGUGCAAAUUAACCGUACCUGAAAAAAAAUGUUUGAGGCAGUUUUAAAACUGAGAAGUUUGGGAACUAUUUUUGACUGGGAACUAACAAUCUUGACAAAAUCGCUCAGUGUGAGAACUGUACAGCUCUAAUUGGUUUUAUUCAUCAAUUAUCGUACUUUCUUUAAAUCAAUAGAGAGAUAUCGAGCGAGGUCGGUUUUAAUUUUAUCAUGAGCCGAGGAUGUUUUUUUCUGAGAUUCCAGGAAGAUAACGUAAAUAUAAUGUGGACUUAAAUCAGCAGUCUUGGUAGGUAAGAUGGCCACGGGGAUGUCAAGUAUCGAGGUAUGCCGGGAAAAGCUGCUAAUGGCUUCCCUGAAGGCCCCGUCGCAACAACACAUCAAUGCGAACCUUUUGGUCUCCCUACCAGACUUCGACAAGAGUCGACGACGAAGUACCAUACAUUCCUAUACCCUUUCUAAUUACCACACACUUCCCCAAGACCCCGAAACACUCCGAACUGUGCGCGAAAUGAGUCAGGGAAAAGCGCUGAAGAAUGUGAUAGUUUUAGGAAUGGCCUUCAUGUUUAUUUUUACUGCCUUUGUAUCCUUACAAGGUUUACAAAGUUCUCUUCACAUUAAGAGUGGUGUCGGUGUGUUUUCGCUCUCCAGCAUUUAUAUAGGUACCAUAAUUUCCUGUUUCUUUGCACCUUGGAUCAUACAACGUUUCACCACAAAAUGGACAAUGGUGGUGACAUUUGUAAUCUUUACGGGUUAUUUUGCCGGGAACUUUCAUCCCGAACAUUAUAUGCUCAUUCCACUGGGCGCUCUCCUUGGCCUGCUGGCAGGCCCACUAUUCAGCGCUCAAGCAACCUCUAUCACCACAAUAGCUUUGGCCUAUGCAGAGCAUUCUCAUAUGCCGGAUCAAGAUCAUGUUAUAAAUAAAUUCAUGGGAAUUUUUUGUGGACUAUAUCGAACCAGCAACAUUUGGGGAAAUCUUAUUACAACACUUGUCAUCAAUAAAAAUAGUUCAGAAAUCGAGGGUUUCACGCAUAACCAUUCAAAUCGCUCUUGUGGUUCUAGAUAUUGCCUGAAGGAUGACGUAAACGACGAUCUAUUAGAGGAUCUGAUGACAACGAUAGACCAUAACACAAAAAUCAUGUUAUUAAGUAUUUACAUGGGUUGCGGAGUGAUGGGAAUAGUCAUACUAAUCUCACUAUUUGACCAGCACAAAAGGAAAAAGAAAAACCACCAUUAUAAUGACGAUGAGCUGACGUCAUCAGAAAUGUUUUUAUCUACGCUGAAAAUGUUCAAGGAUUCCAAAUGUCAACUACUUAUACUUAUUGUGGUUUUUGUCGGUUUGGAGCAGGGAUUCAUGUUCAGCGAUUUUACUCAGGCUUACAUAUCCUGUACAUUGGGUGUGUCCCAGAUAGGACCAGUAAUGAUGUGUUUUGGCGCCGUGAGCUCUACGAGCUGUAUAUUGAUAGGAGUUUGUGCCAGUCGCCAUAUCAAAAGGUUUGCUUUCAUCACUGCUGGUGCCACCUUUAAUGUGGGUCUUCUGAUCGUUCUGUGGCUGUGGAAACCAACACUGGAUGACGUCCCAAAUUUCUUCGUAGUAGCUGGAUGUCUUGGCCUCUGUGACGCGAUUUGGCAAACUCAGACAUAUACCCUUUUCGGUGUUCUCUUCAUUGACAAACAGGAAGCUGCAUUCUCCUGCUACCGGAUGUUAUACGCCACUGGGUGCGCAAUAGCUUUUGGAUACAGCUACUUCCUCUGCGUUCAAACCAAAGUGAUCGUGUUGGCGGGUGUCUUAGUAGUAGCAUUGUUCAUGUAUUGCGUUAUAGAAAUGAAGGUACAGCUGCAGAGUCAGCACAUCAGAGAUAUAGUGGCUCUGUGAGGUCUCUCAGUAGCUAUAGGUACUUGUUGUUACCUAUGUAAAGAAAUCUAUGGCGAUGAUAAAAUAUUCCUGUAAUUUCUCUUACAUCAUGUUAGAAAUAGAUUUUAUGUGCAUGCAUUACACAUAAAGGUAUGUGACGAACAAAACGUGCUCUGCUUCUCUUUUUCUUCAUCUAGGAUGAAUAUUUCGAGAAAAAUGGGACCAAAUGUCAAUGUAGGUACAUGUUAAGCAGUAAAAUCAUAAUAAAUAACGAUUACAACCUUCUGUAAGAGAGUUUAUUUUACAACCUUACCGGGUAAGGUGGACAUAUUUUAUUAUAGGCUUUUAAUAAUUACAUGUUUUACUUUUCAAUAUUCAUAUUGUUUGUUUUCUGUGAUGCAUAGGUAUAUCAAAAUAUUUUAUUUCCUCGCUGGUUUCGAAAUAAAUUUAAUAAAACUUG